AUGCAAACGCGCACAAUAAUUAUAAAAAAUGAUGUACGAAAAAUUAAAAAUAAAUUCGAUGCGUUUACACGCAUCCACUACCAACAACGCUUUGCAAAUGAACAUGUGAAUGUGAAUGAAAUAAAGAUGACGUACGAGAAGAACCUCGUACAGCUAGCACUUAAGCUUUUUGCUAUAAAUGCUGUAAAGUUCGGCGACUUUACAACGAAGAUUGGCCUGAAAACACCCGUAUAUUUCGACCUGAGGGUUAUAGUUAGCUACCCUGAUGUUAUGGAGAUGAUAUCAAACCUCCUACUUAAAUUGACCAUGGAAAACUUAAAAUAUGACCAUAUCUGUGGUGUACCAUAUACAGCUUUACCGAUUGCCACAUUACUUAGUGUCCAGACAAAAAAAUCAAUGUUGAUGAGGCGUAAAGAAGUGAAAGCUUAUGGCACUAAAAAAUCUAUAGAAGGCUACUAUAAGGCUGGUCAAGUUUGCCUAAUUGUAGAAGACGUUGUAACCUCAGGGUCCAGUGUCCUGGAGACUGUAAAAGAUUUACGUAAUGAAGGUUUAGUAGUAACCGAUGCAGUAAUUAUAUUAGACAGAGAACAGGGUGGAAGUCGCAACUGUGAAAAAAAUAAUGUUCAAGUUAAAUCUUUAUACACAAUAUCUACUUUUAUUGACAUUUUAGAAAAGAAUGGAAAAAUUAAUCAAGAAAUGGUUGACAAUCUACAAAAAUAUUUCCAAGAAAUUCAAGCUCCAGUGAUUGAGAAACCUUUAAAAAGAGUUGUACUCCCAUACGAACAACGUGCAGAACUUGCCAAGAAUGCUGUAGCUAAACAGUUAUUCAACAUAAUGGCGACUAAGAAAACGAAUCUAUGCCUUUCAGUUGACUUGACGUCUACUACACAAAUUCUAGACCUUCUAGAAAAAGUUGGAGAACACAUAUGUUUAGUUAAAACUCAUGCUGACAUUAUAGAAGACUUUAGUAAUGAUUUCACUACUAGGAUGAAGCAGCUAUCUAACAGAUUUAAUUUUUUGAUAUUGGAAGAUAGAAAAUAUGCCGACAUUGGUCACAUUGUAUCAUUGCAAUAUUUAAAGGGAGUUCAUAGAAUAAGUCAAUGGGCGGAUUGUGUCACAGCACAUUCACUACCUGGAGAGGGUAUAUUGAAAGCCUUGUUUGCCUCUGGUGACAAUCAUGGCGUGUUUUUGUUAGCAGAAAUGAGCAGUGAGGGCAACCUAAUCACACCCGAAUACAAACUUUCAACAGUUACUAUGGCUUCUAAGUACCCUGAACUGAUCACCGGAUAUGUAUGCCAGAACAAGGACACCUUUACAGAUCCUGGACUCAUACAGUUAACACCUGGAGUACAGCUUGAGAGUAGCAGAGAUGAUUUUGGACAGGUGUACAACACACCUGAAAAAGUAAUAAUAGAAAAUGGUGGUGACGUCAUAGUUGUGGGUAGAGGUAUUGUAGCUGCGAAAAGUCCAGAAACACAGGCUGUCCUAUAUAAGGAUACUCUAUGGAAGUGCUAUACUAAAAGAAUAUCUGGUAAUAAUUAA